GUAGACGCGGGGUUUUCUCUGGUCAGGUCCCGCUAACCCUGCUCCGCUGUGUCUUUGGUACCGUUGUCCCUUGGGGAGGAGGGUUGUCGUUACCCGCUCGCGGGCGGACGCAGUUAGCGGGAUUUGGUGCUCUCACCGGUUGCGGUUGCCUCCCACCCAGCUUGUCCUCGGGGCCUAUCGUCUCCGGAGUCUCCCCGUAGAGGCGAGGGCCCCUGGGAUCGGUCCGCGAAAGCUAGGGGCCCAUCCUCGCUAGGAGUUCGAAUGGGAGGUGGCUGGAGGAGCUACCUGGGAUGUUCUGUCUGAUGGCCAAUUGCUGCAGUUGGUUCAAGCGGUGGCGGGAGCCUGUCAGAAAGGUGACUCUUGUGAUGGUGGGACUUGAUAAUGCUGGCAAAACAGCAACAGCAAAAGGAAUCCAAGGAGAACACCCUGAAGAUGUAGCUCCUACUGUUGGAUUUUCUAAAAUUGACCUUAGACAAGGAAAGUUUGAAGUCACCAUCUUUGACUUGGGAGGUGGCAAAAGAAUUCGGGGAAUUUGGAAGAAUUACUAUGCUGAAUCCUAUGGGGUAAUAUUCGUUGUGGAUUCCAGUGAUGAAGAGAGAAUGGAAGAGACAAAAGAGACAAUGUCAGAAGUGUUAAGACAUCCUAGGAUAUCUGGAAAGCCUGUAUUGGUGUUGGCAAAUAAACAGGACAAGGAAGGGGCUUUAGGAGAAGCUGAUGUGAUUGAAUGUCUCUCUCUGGAAAAACUGGUCAAUGAGCACAAGUGCCUUUGUCAGAUAGAACCUUGUUCAGCAGUCUUGGGAUAUGGAAAGAAAAUUGACAAGUCCAUUAAAAAAGGCCUUUAUUGGCUACUACAUAACAUUGCAAGAGACUUUGAUACCUUAAAUGAACGCAUCCAAAAAGACACAACAGAACAAAGAGCUCUUGAGGAACAAGAGAAACGAGAAAGGGCUGAGCGAGUUCGAAAAUUACGAGAAGAAAGAGAACAAAGAGAACGAGAGCAAUCUGAUGGAACCAGUGGUCUGGCUGAGUUGGACCCAGAACCAGUUACUGUUAACCCUUUCCAGCCAAUAGCAUCUGUAAUUAUUGAGAAUGAAAAAAAACUUGAAAAAGAGAAAAAGAAGCAAACGAUGGAGAAAGAGAGUGAUGGUUGUCUCCUGAAACAUAAAAUGGAGCAUGAGCAAGUACAGACAGAAAACCAGACUGGUGACAGUAGCCAAAAACACAGUGAACUUGAAAUAGUAGAAAAUUAUAAGGAGGCAUUAACACAGCAGUUGGAGAAUGAAGAUGAGGCAGAUCAUCCAUCAUCAGAAUCAGAUAACAGUAAAAAGAAAACUAAGAAACUGAGAAUGAAAAGGAGUCACCGGGUAGAACCAGUUAAUACCGAUGACUCUGCUCCUAAGAGUCCAACACCACCUCCUCCUCCCCCUCCUGUUGGCUGGGGAACCCCCAAAGUCACUAGACUUCCAAAACUUGAGCCUCUUGGUGAAACACGUCAUAAUGAUUUCUAUGGGAAGCCGCUGCCUCCGUUAACUGUACGACAGAGACCUAACGGUGAUGCUCAUGAUGUGAUCUCAUAACCAUGUCAUAUGGAUUGGUACUCUUACUAUCAGCAAAGUGAAAUGGACCUCUUCUCAGAAGAAAAAAAAAAAUCCUUUGAGCAUUGAUGACUGGGGCAAUAAAAUCAUAAUGAUUUUAGUGAGAUUAAUAGCCCAAGGACCUGAUCUGAUAAUUAACUUCUCCAUAUUCUUCAUGCAAAAUGACUAGUGGAUGGGAUGAACAACAUUUGGAGCAUGUUAACAAGAUUUAGUGUUGACUCCUUGGGUUUUAUAUCCUCACUCAUGGGCAAAUUCCUGAAGGAAAACUUCUUCAGAAAUAGAGCCAAUGGACUCUACAUACUUUAUUAUUUGUUUAAUAGUCCGUAUUUCUAUAUAUUAAACAUUUUUGUAAGAUACAUGGGCAUGGAAGGGAAACUCCUGGGAAUUUAUAAACUAAAUUUUUAACUUUUUGUAUUUUUCUAAAAUUUUUGUUUAAUUACUAUUAUCUUGAUUGUGCACUUUUCUACAGAUUUUUAAAAUUUGUUCGUAGAAGAUAAAAGUUAAAUUACUUGACAGACAUGAACUAUACAAACAAUAUAUUUAUAUGACUUAAAUUUUUGUAAUAGCAUUUUUCUAGCCUAUAAAUCCUAAUUUGACUUUAUUUUAAAAUAAUACCUACCUUUUUAAAAAGCAGAUAUCAGAUCUUUAUUCUACCAAAUUAUGUGAUUUGAAAGCAUUA